UAUCCUACCUAGAAGUAUUUGCAAUAGUUGUGGCCCAAGCGGGGUUCUUCUUGCGUUUUUGGCGUUAAAACUCUCCCGGAACAGACAAACAGUGUAAACAAGCUAGCGCAACGUCAAGUCGCUGACAGCAUCAUUUGAGCCUCGACAUUUGACAGUAGUGUUUUAUCAUUAGUAGUCCAGAUAAUUCCUUUUCUGACGAGUGGAUAUCAACAUGGGGUUCUUCUCGCGUCUGAUCACAUUAUUCGGCCUCGUCCUGCUCGGCCAUGCUGGAUUCUCCGCACAUGAACACACCGUUCUGAGCAGCAAUGCCCGGCUGACCGCCUCACCCGCCCUCCCCCUGGACAUCGUGAUCGAAGCCCUGGUCUCGCUGGUUAUCAUCUCGUUGGGCCUGGUCCUCGGUGCUGAGAAGCUGAAGCCCGUCAGUUGGAGUGUGUGGGCGGGGCAGAUCGAGAAGGAGGGUGGUGCGCGGAACCCGUACCGGCGGCUCGAGGAGCGGUAUAGCUUUUGGGACAUUCGGGCUAAACGGAAGGAAUUCGCGGACUGGAUUCGCAACCAGGAUGUGCCGGCCAAGUGACGAAAGGGUGAAGCGAGUGUGGUGAUGUUGCUCCUUGAUAAUCUCUAUAUCAUCGGUCUAUUCAAGCGGUGUCUUAUGGAAGAAGAACCACUCAUCUUGCAGAGCAUCGCCCGUUGCAGCUUCAGAGAUGAGAAGCUCAGGCUCGACAGGCAUCUGAUACCAGGUCCUCGACAUGGCAAUCUAGCAGCUCGUCGAA